CACUCGGGGUGGGAUGGGAGGGGAAAGUGCUAUAAAUGUGCUGCAGGAAAGCACAGCGAGCACCCAUCUGAGACCAAGUGUCACCCUCAGACACGCCAUCGCUCUUUCACCUCUUCCGGAUACUCAUCAUGGAUAUUCCCAUUCAGUACCCCUGGUACCGCCGGGCCUUCCCAUAUCGACGUCCCGACGUGUCCUUCAUCGAGUCUCUCGCUGACUGGCCUCUCAUCUGGCCUUUCCCAUGGUCCUUUGCUUGGAUGCGCCCCAGUUUCAUGCGCUGGUUAAACUGGCCUGAAAAUGGACACAGUGAGAUGUACGCGGAAAAGGAUCGCUAUGUGAUUUAUCUGGAUGUGAAGCAUUUCUCACCGGAUGAGCUCAGCGUCAACGUCGGCGACGAGUUCAUCACAAUACACGCCAAGCACGAAGACAGACAGGACGACCACGGCUACGUGUCCAGGGAGUUUCUGCGGAAGUACAGGCUUCCCACCGGAGUGUCGUGCGCUGAUAUCACCUCCAGCUUGUCGUUCGACGGCGUGCUGACAAUCACCGCGCCCAGGUCUUCACCCGGCCCCGAGCGCAACAUCCCAAUAUCCUGUGAGGAUGGAGCAGCCAAGCAGAAAAUGUAGAGCGGAGUCGGGGUGCCUUUGACGCAGUUUCACUACUAAUCCUCACUACUAAAUUCCGCACGUGUUUGUAUUUAACCUGUUUUGUGGGCAGUUGAGUGCACGUAUAGGUGGGUCAGCCGUGUCGAGAUUCCUGCAACGAGCCUUCUAAUAAACCAGUUUCUAACUUACUACUAUCGUCGCAUGCCUGCAAGACAACUGUGCUUUAAACCACAGAUUGAUAUGGAAAGCCGGGAGUUUUGGUUGGAGUACAAUUUUCCUUUCAGAAAUCAUGGACAAACCAAAAAACCUGCGCCACCUUGAAUGUAAAAGUGCUCUUAUUUUGAAUUUGCCUUCAAAGUUUCAAACAGUCACUUAGAUGGGAGACAAAGCUUCUACGCCAAAAGGUGAUUGUAGCGGUGCUUGGAUGAGUGCGAGUCUGUUACCUUUGUAUGUGUUGAACGCGGGACCAGGUCUGUGCUCUGCUGAGAGGGAGGGGGGGGAGAAAUGGGUUGAAGGAGUUUUGGAUGGAGGAGGAAAUACGGUCAUCCUUUUCCACAGGGAAGCAGGGUUUUACUCGAGUGUUAGGGAUAACUUGUAUUUAUGUAUGUGUAUGAUGCGAGUGUGUGGUCAAUGCCAAAAGAGAGUGAGAAUGUGCUCAAUGAUGAUCCCUAUCAUUCUUUGCAAAUGCUAAAUCUCCCCUGGUGUAUUAACAGAGAAUACAUAGAAUAAAUGUUGGGAAAAAAAAAAUUGUCUGCGUUUGCAUUGGUCAAGUUUCUCUUCUUGGUGGCAUAUUACAAUGAAGUUGGAAUUUCCGAGAGGACGGAGCCAUAAAAGUCAGUGACGCAAAAGUACAGACACAAACUACAGCAGAUUUUAAGGGUGAUUUUACAAAGUGAUGUUUAUUCUCUUUCAUCUUGAAACAAUAUCCACUGAUGCAUUGGUUGCAGAGAUUAAAACUUUAACCAGCAAUACUUUUUUUUUUUUUUUUUUU